GGCGCUACCGUUGGUGAAAUCAUCGAUUCAUCCAAAGAGCUCUGCGACCGGGGUUGGCUCGCUGCCAUUCGACCAGCUCGUCCAGCCAGGCUCGUCAGGGCCGGGCGAGAGUCGGAAUCCGGCGAUGCCUUGUCGCAAGCGUUGUCAGCAGGCUCAGGCCACAUCCAGCGCAGCGCCCGGCAAUGACGCCAGCCAACCCGCCUCUGGCGACAUCCGCAUCAUCUCUACAACAUCGACAGCCGUCCCGCAGGCUGCAUCUUGCCAUUGAUCUUCGCCAACAAUGUGGGUGUUUGGAUACGGCAGCUUGAUCUGGAAAGUCGACUUUCCAUAUGAAGUGAGGAUACCGGGAUACAUCUGCGGAUUCGUGCGGCGAUUCUGGCAGGGCAGCCACGAUCACCGAGGCACUCCAGAGUCGCCCGGCCGUGUGGUGACCCUCCUGCCGUAUUCCGAGUGGCAGACGCUCUCGGAUCGAGACUUUGCGGUCCACCAGCGAGCAGAUGUCUGCUGGGGCGUUGCAUACAAGGUUGCUCCCAAGGACGAAGCAUGGGUCCGGGCCCACCUCGACCACCGAGAGAAGAAUGGAUACGAGUCUUUCAAGGUGCCUGUCUAUCACCCGCUCGCAGGAAGUGACCAGCCGAUCGUUCAGAAUGCCAUGGUCUAUCUCGCCGGCAUCGAAAACGAGGCCUUCCUGGGUCCAGAAACGCUCGACCACAUGGGCGUUCAUAUUGCCCACUCAAGAGGUCCAAGCGGCCAGAACUAUGAAUACCUCUUUGGGCUUUACAAGUCCCUGAAGGCGCUGGUGCCCGAUUUCCCGGACGAGCACGUUGAGCAACUCACCGACCGGGUGGUCCAAGCCCUCAAGGAUAACCACGCCUUUGAUCCCAGCAUGCUAGAGAACCCCAAGUUUGACGAUGCUCUGGGGGAGCUUCGAGAAAUGUCAAUCUGGACGCACGAGCGCCUGCAAGAGCGGCUGGAUUUUGCGCACAAGCUGGAACAGGCCGAGGAGAGCUUGGCUGCAUGACCAAAGUUGCUCUUGAGCUCGGCCGUGUGCCCUUUGAAUGAGCCAGGCAGAUUCGUGCUUGGCGAUUCGUCAUGGAGGCAUCUCUGAAAGAGGUUCAUCGCUUGUUGAUAU